CCCAGGUAGCCUGGUAGCCCAGGCUCGCUCCUCACCUGAAUCUCUCUGUCAAGCACAGGUUACUCGUCGUUAUUAGGUAGGAGCUUCCUGGUUCCAACUCAACUGUAGCUUCCGCCCGCUCACCCACCUCAUAACCCACGUACAUCCGUACGUACCUCCCUUCCUACUCGACUCUCUCCCUUGCCGCGCUGUCCUCCGUCCCUCCGGGCUUCCCCCUACACGCGAUAGCUCACACCCCGUCUAUCUCUUCUCCCCCCCGUGGCCAGCUGCCUCCUGCUCGACACACCAGAUCCCUACAUACCUCGUAAGCUGUCGCGUCGGCGUGUGUGUGUUCGCAGGCAUCCCUGUCUCACGCCUCGUCUUCCGCUGCAGGCUCCGGCGAGCUCCGCCAAUUCUCCUGGCACGCGAGCGCGUCCAACGCUUGGAUACCAGGGCUACUUUCAUCCUACUCUAUAUACCCCUACUGCAUUGAUAUUUUCUCCAUUGCCAUUUCCGUUUGUCAAUCGCCAAUUCCGGACAGACACGAUGCGAACCAGAAAACAGACCCGUGCCGAAGAGGAGCAUGCCGCCGAAGCCAUCUCCGCUAGCCCUACUUCUGCUACCUCGCCCACCGUCGCGUCCACCAAGAUCGAGGCGCCAACGUCGUCUCCGUCUACGAAGCACAACGAUACCCAGUCUAGUGCCGGUCGCCGGUCCAAGCUCCCCACGCCAGUCCAGUUCCCCCUGGUCGCGAUUCUAAGCCUGUCGCUCUCGGCUCUGGGUCACUCGCUGGCAUGGCCCUACACCAAGGGCGCCCUAGGCGCGUACUCGAGGGUGCUGGAAACCUGGACGGAGGUCGGGCUAGUCACCGGCUGGAAAUUAUUUGAACUCGCACUUGGAUGGUUCGGUGACUACGACGGUUACGAUAUCACGGCCUUAAACUUUCUCUCGCAUGGCCCUUUCCUUUAUCUCCUCUUCGCCUUCUACCAGAUUCAACCCGCCGCUCUCGUCCUGACCAUCGCGAUCGAGACCCUCGCGACCUACAUCCCUUUCCGGCUGCUGCGCCCGCUAUCCACCGCGCACGCGGAUCCGCACGCUGCGCCCAACGCCGACAUCGUUACGGACCGACCCAUCGCGGUGCUCACAGCGCUACUUGCCGGCGCCAUCUACAGCGUCGCGCUAUUGCUCGCGUACGCGAUUUACCUUCCGCAAUAUCUCGUCGUCUACUUUGCCGACCUGCCGUCCGUCGCCGCUGCCCACGAAACCACGUACGUCAACCUGUUACCAGUGGCGCUCGCCCUCGGGUUUGCCGCGCGUGCCUUCGUCUUCACGCCCGCCGAGGCUACGGAGCGCCCCAACGCUGAACCCUUUGACCCUGUCGUCGCAACGCUCGCCGAGACCAUCCGCUGGAACUUCUGGGGCUGGUCCGCCCCCGCCAAGGUUGUCAUCCUCCGCACUGCGCUGCUCGCCCUCGUCACCGGCGCAAAUACGUUCCUCCAGACACGCUUCACGCUCGAGGGUGUCGAAACCCCCGGUGCGCUCGCCUGGACCAGCGUCUGGGUGUUUGCCGCGACCGCGACGGGCCUCGGGCUCGGCGCCGUGGGGAGCGGGUAGGAUUCCACGUGAAGAAGGGGAGCAAUGACAGUAACCUACCUCCCACGCAGGCUUACGUGUGGGAAGAAGGGGCGAUGAUUUGUCAUAUUGAGGGAAGAGGACAGCGGCAGGGGGGAGAUGAGCAGUGAGAUCGAUUUUUAUUCGGUGUCUUAUUGGGAUCAAGAACCCCCUCCGGCCUAGAUUUAGGGGGACAGCAGAAAUGAGACCAGAUGUAGGCGGGAUGCGGCAAUCACGGACCGGUGGGGCAGGUGGAGUUCGGAAAUGCUUGUCUUUUUUUUUUUGACAAUAAAAACCCUCCCCCCAACCUCCCCAAAUAAAAUAAAUUCGCAGCAGAGGAGUAUGAGCAAUACUAAAAGGCGAGGGGU